CCCACUUUUGACCUUUUUUUCGCAAAUAAAACUCAUUCAAAAUGGGAAAGGAGAAGACUCACGUUAACGUCGUCGUCAUCGGACAUGUCGAUUCCGGUAAAUCGACCACCACCGGUCAUUUGAUCUACAAGUGCGGUGGUAUCGACAAGCGUACCAUUGAGAAGUUCGAGAAGGAAGCUGCUGAACUUGGUAAAGGUUCCUUCAAGUAUGCCUGGGUGCUCGACAAGCUGAAGGCAGAGCGUGAGCGUGGUAUCACUAUCGAUAUCGCCCUAUGGAAGUUCGAGACCCCCAAGUUCAUGGUCACUGUCAUUGAUGCCCCUGGUCAUCGUGAUUUCAUCAAAAACAUGAUCACUGGUACUUCCCAGGCUGACUGCGCCAUUCUCAUCAUUGCUGGUGGUACUGGUGAGUUUGAGGCUGGUAUCUCCAAGGAUGGCCAGACCCGCGAGCACGCUCUCCUCGCUUUCACCCUCGGUGUGCGGCAACUCAUCGUUGCCGUCAACAAGAUGGACACCACCAAGUGGAGCGAGGACCGUUUCAACGAAAUUAUCAAGGAGACGUCAAGCUUCAUCAAGAAGGUUGGUUACAACCCCAAGGCCGUUGCCUUUGUUCCUAUUUCCGGCUGGCACGGUGACAACAUGUUGGAGGAGUCCCCUAACAUGCCUUGGUUCAAGGGCUGGACCAAGGAGACCAAGGCUGGUGUCGUCAAGGGCAAGACCCUCCUCGAUGCUAUUGAUGCCAUUGAGCCCCCCGUCCGACCUUCCGACAAGCCCCUCCGUCUUCCCCUCCAGGACGUCUACAAAAUUGGCGGUAUCGGAACUGUGCCCGUCGGUCGUGUUGAGACUGGUAUCAUCAAGGCCGGAAUGGUCGUCAAUUUCGCUCCCUCCAACGUCACCACUGAAGUCAAGUCCGUCGAAAUGCAUCACGAACAGCUCGAGCAGGGUAACCCCGGUGACAAUGUCGGUUUCAACGUCAAGAACGUGUCAGUGAAGGAUAUUCGUCGUGGCAACGUGGCCUCCGACUCCAAGAACGAUCCCGCCAAGGAAGCGGCCUCUUUCAACGCACAGGUCAUCGUCCUCAACCACCCUGGUCAAAUUGGUGCUGGUUAUGCCCCGGUUCUCGACUGUCACACCGCCCACAUUGCCUGCAAGUUCGCCGAGCUCAUCGAGAAGAUCGAUCGUCGUACGGGUAAAUCCAUUGAAAACUCACCCAAAUUCGUCAAGUCGGGUGACGCCUGCAUCGUCAAGCUCGUUCCCAGCAAGCCUAUGUGUGUUGAGUCUUACAACGAGUACCCUCCUCUUGGUCGCUUUGCCGUCCGUGACAUGAGGCAGACCGUCGCUGUCGGAAUCAUCAAGUCCGUUGAUAAGACCGACAAGUCUGGUGGAAAGGUGACGAAGUCUGCCGAGAAGGCCGCCAAGAAGAAAUAAAUUAGAUGUAGAAUCAUUGUAUCAUUUUCUCAUCACGUCUCGUUUAUUUCUUUUCUUUUCUCUUCAUACCGGUCAUCAUCUGCAACGCUCUAUCAACUCAUCUGUACUCAUGAUAAUGAAGCUGGCGUCGGAAUUCUCGACGCAUGUGUUUAUG